GGGCCUGAUUCUAGAGACUGAUGCCGGAGGAUAUAUUACUGCAGCAGGACGUGAGCUGGGUGUGGCUGCAGGGACUUCACUGAGAAAGGUCAGAGCUGGAAGUGGCCAUUAUCAGACCUGGGUCAUCUACUGUGUGUCUCUGUACCAAAAAGGGUAGAGGCCCAGCAAUGCAGGCCUGAUGAUGCAGGGCUUUUGUUGGCAGGUUUAAUGACCUUCUGUGUCUCUGGAGCUCAGAAUUCUGGAGAUUGUGCAGGAAUAGCCAAGAAAGUUUUGAGAAAGGGCAAGGGUCAUCAGAUCAAAACAAAAGCAUUCUACUUAGGACCUUGUGGUAUUGAAACAGAAAUAAGCAAAUGAAUCAACAGAUAGAUUAGGAAAGAGAACCAGAAGUAUAUCAUUUGUAAGAAUUUAUGAUCAAGAUGGCAUUUCAAAACAGGUAAAGACACUUUGGGGACAUUGGCUCUCCACCUGAAAGGUUACACUAUUUUAUACCAUCCCCAAAUUAAAUUAUUUAGGGGCUAAAAGGAAACCCUUCCUAGAGUUUGGGAUAAAACAAAACUUACAAUGUUUCCAGAAAUGAUAAAAUAUGGACAGUCUGAACCUCCUGAAAAAAUGGGGAGGGGAAUGGGAAUGACAGGGAAAGUGAAAGAACUUUGAUGUUUUCUAUGUUUUAAAUCGUCUACAAUGAGAACUGAGGGGACAGUGUGGCUUAGAAGACAAAAUGGAAGAUGGUUUUCAGGCGUGGAUGGGAUGAGAGUCUGCCCAAGAGACGGAUUUGGUUUUUGGCUAACAUAGGAUUAAACGCACCGUAACGGGCAGGGACAGGGCCACAGCUCUGUUCUGACCACACCUUGGACAAAAAGUCCUCAGCACAGGCCCUUGGCUCUAACCCUGAGCUCACCAAGCUCUUCUCACCCCACACAAAAGCUUGGCACAGGAGAGGACAAGAUGCAAAUCAUUCUGAUCACAGCAUUCUGGUUGCUCUGUGUUCUAUAAACGAACAGAAGCCAGAAAGCAAUUUGGAGCAAUACUUCGUGGAAAGAGACAGCUUGAGACAGGGAGGCGGCGGAAGGAGUGGGACAAAGGGCUCGGGUGGUCAGGAUGGGAAGCCCUUGGGGUUUCCUGACAGGCUGGAGAUGAAAGAGAAGAGCCAAAGAGGACUAUGCCUCUGGCCCAACAGCUGGAAGCCCCUAUGCCCUCCACUGUUGGGGGGAGGCUGCAGAUGGGACAGAGCUCAGUUUGGGGGACGUUUGUGACAGGCAUCCAAGAGGCAACGCUAAGUGGGCCGCCGGACAUGAUGAAGCUGUGGUUCAGGAGGGAGGUGUGAGCUAGAGAUCCACAGAUGAGUCAAGCUGGGCGGCUCUCAGGUAGCCCCCUGCUGGCUUUCCUGCUAAGGAUCUUCCUUCUUGCCAAAUUCCUGUACAUUCCCCAGCCCUUAGCUGGGGGGCGGGGGCCAGAGGCUUCUUCCUGAGAGACCAGGGAGCCCUGGUUCUCCGUCUCAACCGCCUCGUACUUCCCAGGGCCUGGCCUGCCCAGGCGGUUACUUGGAGACAGGGCUGGGAAAGGAACCUGAGCCCGCUGCCCCGCUCGCGUGCAGCGCAGCCUCGGUACAGGGAAAACCUGGUUGCUGUGGCUUUACGUCUCUCAAGACAGGGGGUCCGUUGCCCUGUGUUCACCAAGCCGAGGCAGACAGAGGAGGAAGUGGGGCAGGGGCGUGGAGAACACUGAGCGCAGCUGCUCCCCGGGCCUGCUCACACAUGAAAACUUCCUGCGAUGAGAACGGAAGCACAGGUGCUGUCCCCACCACGACAGCUCCCAGAGCUGGGGCCAGAGGGAAGCCAUGGACAGGCCCGGGCCCCGGUCCUGCUCUUGGCGCUGCUGACACUCUGCAUCACUGCUGGGACCCCUGAAGUGUGGGUGCAAGUUCAGAUGGAGGCCACCAAGUCCCCGUCCUUCACUGUCCGCUGUGGAUUCCUGGGAUCUGGCUCUGUCUCCCUAGUGACCGUGAGCUCUGGGGGGCCUGAUGGUGCCGGAGGGACUAGGCUGGCUGUUUUGCACCCAGAAUUCGGCAUCCAGCAGUGGCCCCCUGCCUGCCAGGCCGACUGGGAAACCAAAACCAGCAUCUCCCUCACCGUGAAAGAAGGAUCUGCGGGGAGAAGCCCCAGUCCCAACACCACCUUCUGCUGCAAGUUUGUUUCCUUUCCUGAGGGCUCCCAGGAGGCCUGUGGGAACCUCUUCCUCAGCACAGACCAAGGGCUCCCUGCCCCUACUCCAGCUCCCAUACUGCGGGCUGACCUGGCCGGGAUCUUUGGGGUGUCGGGGGUCCUCCUCUUUGGCUGUGUUUACCUCCUCCACCUCCUGCAUCGGCAGAGGCACUGGUCCGUCAUGAAGGUCCAGCCCUGCCUCGCCAGUCCCCAGACACAGCCGCGAGCAAGGGGGGCUGGUCAAGCCUCCCUGGUCUCUCUGCAGGCCCCCUACACCACCGUCAAUACCAGCUGCUACGGCCCGGCAACUCUGGACACGGUCCUCCCGCCCCGGCCGCUGUCCCGGUGGGCGGCACUGCCCGCCCACACAGCCUGCCCGCCCCAGCCGCCCGCCCGCUGGGCACCCCUGCCAGCCUCCGCACGCGACAGUUUCAUCUCCAUGGAGAACGGACUUUAUGCUCAGGCGGGAGAGAGGUCUUUCCAAGCCGGCCCCAACCUCGUCCCUUUCCCGGACUCUCUGGGGCACAGAGCCGUGGAGGGGCAUUUAGGAGUUCGAUGAGAGGGACCCCAAGUCCGCUUGGGCCUCCUCUCCUCUCAGAUCUCUGGGACCCGCUUGUGGUGUCUGUGUCCUGGGGGCGCAUAAUCUUUGCACAUC